AGAACUAAAUUGAAGGUUUAUUAAAAUAAAAAAGCAUUAACCGUAGUCCGUAAUGCGAAGAGCGCCGUGACUUUCAAAGUUCACUUCGGUUUAACUCCAACUAAUACGAAAACCUUCAAAACGACGUCGAACUUCCGGUCUUCGACGAUGACCGGAAACUCCUUACCGCCGGUGAAGCUCACCGACAGUGGCCGCCCAGUUCUGAUACCGAACGAGAUCGAGUGCUUCUUCCUCUCCGGCGUAGACCUUCUCAGCGAAGACGAACCUAACACAUGGUUCCCUCACUUAAAAUCUGGCCUCCUCAUCUUAACCACGCAUCGUCUCCUCUGGCUCCCAGACGCGGCCGUCGCCGCCUCAUCCUCCUCCGUAGCUGUCCCCCUUGCUUCAAUCGCCCACAUUUUCCCCCACAAGAAGUCUCUCAAAUCGGUGUUCGCCUCCCCAAGGGUCCGUUUCCAGGUGUCUCCAUCGCCGGAGCGCGGAGUUGCCGCAUCAGGAUCAAGAUCGGUGGUUGCGACGGUCGUGGUGAGGGGUAAAGGAGACUGCGAUGCUUUUGUGUCCAAGUUUUGGGAGAAUUGGAGAGCUAGAGCGUGGGAGGAGUCAGAGAGUGCUACGAGUUCGAGUUCUAAUGCAGCGGUCAGGGCAGCAUCGACGUCUUCGAGUGGGAUUUAUUCGAGUGAUGGGACGGUGAGGAUGGUGGGAGUGUCGGGGAUUUUGAGGAAGGAGCAGGAAAUGUGGGAGAGUACUGAUAAGAGUUUGCAGGAUGCUUUUCAGGAUUUGAACGCCCUUAUGAGCAAGGCUAAAGAGAUGGUCAUGCUAGCAGAAAAAAUGAGGCUAAAGCUUUUGUCAGGCUCAAAUUCUCAAACAAAUACAACUAAUGAAGAAGAGAUGGGUUCAAAAGAAGAAAUGCAAGAAUUGUUAUUGAGUGUUGGUAUAAUAUCCCCUGUUACAAAAGAGUCUGCGGGUGCUCUGUAUCAUCAACAAUUAUCUCGCCAGUUGGCAGAUUUUGUUAAAGUUCCACUAGAGAGAGCUGGAGGAAUUAUCAAUCUAAUUGAUAUUUAUUGUCUCUUCAAUCGUGCUCGUGGAACAGAAUUGAUCUCACCUGAUGAUUUGUUGCAAGCAUGCUCUCUGUGGGAGAAGUUUGAUGUCCCAAUUGUUCUAAGGAAGUUUGAUAGUGGGGUCAUGGUAAUACAAAAUAAGUCCCACAGUGAUGAGGAGGUUUUCACUAAAAUUAAGGUGCUUGUUAUGAAGCCUGAUGCUCUUCGAGCUGGGAUAAGUCCUAGUGAUGCUGCAAUGACGCUGGGAGUUGCCCCAGCAAUGGCAAAGGAACAUCUCUUGUCUGCUGAGAGCAAGGGUAUACUUUGCAGAGAUGUCAGCCCUGAUGGAUUUCGCUUUUAUAUUAAUUUGUUCCCAGAAAUUGAUCGAGAUGAUAUGUAUUUAGUGAAAGAUCAGGGGAUUUAUGCCUCAUGGGUUAGAGCAAUCCCUGCUCAUGGUUAGAGUGGCAAGCUUGCCCAUUUCAAGGUAAUAUUGGACAAUUUUUUAGUGCCAGGAACUGGCCUGACUUGGCUAGUUUGUGUAUAUUUUCUCCUUUCAAUCACUAUAUAUAAGGGGCAUAUUUGGGCAUAUUUAGUGAGAAUGAGGAGAAAAAAAAGGUACAUACACACUCAUUGACAUUGCUUCAAUAAUGCUCACACAUCAAAAGAACAUUUAAUUCAUACGAAUUUGGCAAAUAGAAGCAGGAUCUUAGCUCAAAGUUACAUUACCUUCA